AUGAGGCGUGUGUCCAGGAAGAAAGCCCUUAGCCUGGUGAAGGAGCUGGACGCCUUCCCCAAAGUGUCAGAGAGCUAUGUGGAGACGUCGGCUACAGGAGGAACAGUGUCACUGAUAGCUUUCGGUGCUAUGGCACUUUUGGCUAUCUUAGAGUUCUUUGUUUAUCGAGACACUUGGAUGAAGUACGAAUAUGAAGUUGACAAGGAUUUUUCCAGUAAAUUGAGAAUAAACAUUGACGUCACAGUUGCCAUGAAAUGCCAGCAUGUUGGGGCAGAUAUUCUGGACCUGGCUGAGACCAUGAUCACGUCUAACGGCCUCCAGUACGAGCCUGUUAUAUUUGAUCUGACCCCACAGCAGAGAUUAUGGCAAAGGACGUUGCACCUCAUUCAGAGCAGGCUGAGAGAGGAACAUGCUCUACAGGAAGUCCUGUACAAAACUCUCCUCAAAGGGUCUCCCACUGCCCUGCCACCACGGGAAGAUGCUUCUGUGGAACCAUUUAAUGCUUGCAGGAUACAUGGGCACGUCUACGUCAACAAGGUGGCAGGAAACCUUCACAUCACUGUGGGAAAGCCUAUUCACCAUCCUCAGGGCCAUGCCCAUAUUGCAGCUUUUGUGAGCCAUGAAACGUACAACUUCUCCCAUCGAAUAGACCAUUUAUCUUUCGGGGAGGAGGUACCGGGCAUCAUCAAUCCUCUGGACGGCACAGAGAAAAUCACCCAUAACAACAACCAGAUGUUCCAGUACUUCAUCACAGUGGUGCCCACCAAACUCAACACAUACAAGAUAUCUGCAGACACACACCAGUUUUCUGUGACUGAACGAGAGCGGGUGAUAAACCAUGCAGCAGGCAGUCACGGUGUUUCUGGCAUCUUUGUGAAGUAUGAUACCAGCUCUCUGAUGGUGACGGUCAGCGAGCAGCAUAUGCCACUGUGGCAGUUCCUGGUGCGACUGUGUGGCAUUAUCGGGGGUAUAUUCUCCACCACAGGCAUGCUCCACGGGCUUGUUGGUGUCUGUUUUGAUGUUAUCUGCUGUCGUUUUAAACUCGGAGUCUACAGACUUAGAGAGGAUGUGCCACAACACAAUCAGAUGAACAACCUGAACAAUCAUCAGACCCCUCUGUUGGCUGACAAUGACCCUCAGGAGUAG